AUGACUGGAGUCUUUGACAGUCUGGUGGCUGAUAUGCACUCGACCCAGAUCACGGCCUCCAGCACGUACCACCAGCACCAGCAGCCUCCGAGCGGCGGCGGCGCUGGCCCCGGCAGCAGCAACGGCAGCGGCCUCCACAAGCCCCAGGAGUCGCCCACCCUUCCGGUGUCCACAGCUACCGACAGCAGCUACUACACCAACCAGCAGCACCCGGCGGGCGGCGGCGGCGGUGGGGGCUCGCCCUACGCGCACAUGGGUUCCUACCAGUACCACGCCAGUGGCCUCAACAACGUCCCUUAUUCCGCCAAGAGCGGCUACGACCUGGGCUACACCGCCGCCUACACCUCCUACGCGCCCUACGGGACCAGUUCGUCCCCAGCCAACAACGAACCCGAGAAAGAGGACCUCGAGCCAGAAAUUCGGAUAGUGAACGGGAAGCCAAAGAAAGUCCGGAAACCCCGCACCAUCUACUCCAGCUUCCAGCUGGCGGCUCUUCAGCGGCGUUUCCAAAAGACUCAGUACCUGGCGCUGCCCGAGCGAGCCGAGCUGGCGGCGUCUCUGGGCCUCACCCAGACUCAGGUCAAGAUCUGGUUCCAGAAUCGCCGAUCCAAGUUCAAGAAGAUGUGGAAAAGCGGGGAGAUACCCUCGGAGCAGCACCCUGGUGCCAGCGCCUCGCCGCCUUGCGCUUCGCCGCCUGUCUCGGCGCCGGCCUCCUGGGACUUCGGCGCGCCGCAGCGGAUGGGGGGUGGCGGCGGCCCCGGCAGCGGCGGCAGCGGCGCCGGCAGCUCCGGCUCCAGCCCGAGCAGCGCGGCCUCGGCUUUCCUGGGCAAUUACCCUUGGUACCACCAGGCCUCGGGCUCCGCCUCGCACCUGCAGGCCGCGGCGCCGCUGCUGCACCCGACGCAGACCCCGCAGCCGCACCACCACCACCACCACCACCACCACGGCGGCGGGGGCGCCCCGGUGAGCGCGGGGACGAUUUUCUAA